CCUCCUUUCCCCACCCCGGAAGUCCUCCCUCCGCUCCCCUCACUUCCGCCGGGCCGGUGGCAGCGGAGCAGGCCGGGAUCUGCAGGAAGCACAGCCCAGGAGCUCGCACUCCUCCCUGGAGAGCAGCAGAGGGGGGAGAGAAGGAAGAAAGGAAAGGCCUCAGGAAAGGAGGGCUCCAAACCAUCUCCAGCCACCCCAGAAAAGAAUUCAUCAACCGUGUGCUCUGCUUCUCCUCCCAGGGACAUCCCACUAGCUGGAGUCCACCAUGACAGACUCCAAGUACUUCACCACCACAAAGAAAGGGGAGAUAUUUGAGCUGAAAGCUGAACUGAACAGUGACAAGAAGGAGAAGAAGAAGGAGGCAGUGAAGAAGGUGAUUGCCUCCAUGACCGUCGGCAAGGAUGUCAGUGCUCUCUUCCCGGACGUGGUCAAUUGCAUGCAGACAGACAACCUGGAACUGAAGAAGUUGGUCUACCUCUACCUGAUGAACUAUGCCAAGAGCCAGCCAGACAUGGCCAUCAUGGCAGUCAACACCUUUGUGAAGGACUGUGAGGAUCCCAACCCCCUGAUCCGGGCUCUGGCAGUGAGAACCAUGGGCUGCAUCCGUGUGGAUAAGAUCACAGAGUACCUGUGUGAGCCCCUGAGGAAGUGCCUGAAGGAUGAGGAUCCCUACGUGCGCAAGACAGCCGCUGUCUGUGUGGCCAAGCUGCAUGACAUCAAUGCCCAGCUGGUGGAGGACCAGGGCUUCCUGGACACUCUGAAGGACCUCAUCUCUGACUCCAACCCCAUGGUAGUCGCCAAUGCAGUGGCAGCUCUCUCAGAAAUAGCAGAGUCCCACCCCAGCAGCAACCUCCUGGACCUCAACCCCCAAUCCAUCAACAAACUCCUCACUGCCUUGAACGAGUGCACUGAGUGGGGACAGAUCUUCAUCUUGGACUGCCUGGCCAACUACAUGCCCAAGGAUGACAGGGAAGCCCAGAGCAUCUGUGAGCGGGUAACGCCCCGGCUGUCCCACGCCAACUCAGCAGUGGUGCUCUCAGCAGUGAAAGUGCUGAUGAAGUUUAUGGAGAUGCUGUCCAAGGACCUGGAUUAUUAUGGCACCCUGCUGAAGAAGCUGGCUCCCCCCCUGGUCACCCUGCUCUCUGCAGAGCCUGAGCUGCAGUACGUGGCUCUCCGCAACAUCAACCUCAUCGUCCAGAAGAGGCCCGAGAUCCUGAAGCAUGAGAUGAAGGUGUUCUUUGUGAAGUACAACGACCCCAUCUAUGUCAAACUGGAGAAGUUGGACAUCAUGAUCCGCCUGGCUUCCCAGGCCAACAUUGCUCAGGUGCUGGCAGAGCUGAAGGAAUAUGCCACAGAGGUGGAUGUGGACUUUGUGAGGAAAGCUGUCCGAGCCAUUGGUCGCUGUGCCAUCAAGGUGGAGCAAUCAGCUGAGCGUUGUGUCAGCACUCUGCUCGACCUCAUCCAGACCAAAGUCAACUAUGUGGUGCAGGAGGCCAUCGUUGUCAUCAAGGACAUCUUCCGCAAGUACCCCAACAAGUAUGAGAGUGUGAUUGCCACCCUCUGUGAGAACCUGGAUUCCCUGGAUGAGCCUGAGGCCCGGGCUGCCAUGAUCUGGAUCGUGGGAGAGUAUGCAGAGAGGAUUGACAACGCCGAUGAGCUGCUGGAGAGCUUCCUGGAGGGCUUCCAUGAUGAGAGCACCCAGGUUCAGCUGCAGCUGCUGACAGCCAUCGUGAAGCUGUUCCUGAAAAAGCCCACAGAGACCCAGGAGCUGGUGCAGCAGGUGCUGAGCUUGGCCACACAGGACUCAGACAACCCCGACCUCCGGGACCGUGGUUACAUCUACUGGCGCCUGCUCUCAACUGACCCGGUGGCUGCCAAGGAGGUGGUGCUGGCAGAGAAGCCCCUGAUCUCUGAGGAGACAGAUCUGAUCGAGCCCACCCUCCUGGAUGAGCUGAUCUGCUACAUUGGGACCUUGGCUUCUGUCUACCACAAACCCCCCAGUGCCUUCGUGGAGGGGAGCAGGGGGGUGGUGCACAAGAGUUUGCCCCCCAGGACGGGCUCGAGUGAGAGCAUCGAGAGCCCUGAGGCAGCCCCAGGGGGGGUGCAGGCAGGGGAGCAGCCAGCAGUCAUCCCCACCCAGGGUGACCUUCUGGGUGACCUGCUCAACCUGGAUCCCACGGUCACUGGACCUCCCAUUGCAACAGCCCCUGUGCAGAUGGGUGCUGUGGACCUCCUGGGAGGUGGCUUGGACAGCCUGAUGCAAGGAGAUGCAGGAGGCAGCCCUGCUAUGGGUGGCUUCACCCCAGCACCCACCACCACAGCACCCACCAACCUGGGGGCACCCCUGGGCAGUGGUCUGGGAGACCUCUUCGACCUGACUGUCGGGGUGGGGACACUGUCUGGAUCCUACGUGGCACCCAAAACGGUCUGGCUGCCUGCCAUGAAAGCCAAGGGGCUGGAGAUCUCUGGCACCUUCAGCAGGCAGGUGGGCUCCAUCUCGAUGGACCUUGUCCUGACAAACAAAGCCUUGCAGGUCAUGUCUGACUUUGCCAUCCAGUUCAACCGCAACAGCUUUGGCCUGGCCCCAGCAGCUCCUCUCCAGGUCCAUGCUCCCCUUGCCCCCAAUCAGUCUGUGGACAUCUCCCUUCCACUCAACACUGUUGGCUCUGUCAUGAAGAUGGAUCCUCUGAACAACCUCCAGGUGGCAGUGAAAAACAACAUUGAUGUCUUCUACUUCAGCACCCUCUACCCCCUGCACAUCCUCUUCGUGGAGGACGGGAAGAUGGAGAGGAGGACGUUCCUGGCCACUUGGAAGGACAUUCCCAAUGAGAAUGAAGCCCAAUUCCAGAUCAAAGACUGUUCCCUCAGUGCAGACACUGUUAGCAGCAAACUCCAAGGCAGCAACAUCUUUACCAUUGCCAAGAGGAACGUGGAGGGUCAGGACAUGCUCUACCAGUCCCUCAAGCUCACCAAUGGCAUCUGGGUGCUGGCUGAGCUCAGGAUCCAGCCCAGCAACCCCACUUUUACGGAUUUGGAGUUGUCCCUGAAAUGCCGAGCUCCAGAGGUGUCCCAGUACAUCUACCAAGCCUAUGAGACCAUCCUGAAAAACUAAGGUGCUGCUGCAGCCCAGCUUCCUCCUCCUCUUCCUCUUCCCGCCCCCCCUCUCCUGCCUGAGGCAGUGGGGCAGGACCCGUGUGCAUGUCUGCUCCCCUUCCUGCCAAGGAUCCAUCCAGGAUUCCAGAUUCCCCAAGGAAUCUCCCCACACACACACUCCAGCCCUGGCACCCUGGAAUGAAGCUGCUGCUCCCAACUCUGCCAAGGCUGGGGGGUGGGGAGGGAGGUGGGAGGGAGGUCCCCCCCACCCCUAUAAAAUACCCUUUGUCACUAUCCCUGUGUCCUCCUCACUGGGGUUGUCUCCUCUCCCCUUCCCCAGCUCAGGGGCUGCCAGCACCCUCCCCCCUUUCCAAAAUCUCCCUUCCCACUUGUCCCUGACUCUCACAUCUGCCCAGGGUGGUGACCUGGGGGGGGGUUCAGUGCUCCUCAGCCCUGGGACAGCACCCAGGGAUCCCUCUUGGGUGCUGGUGGAGGCUUGGAGCAUCCUGGGGUGAGGGGGGGUGUGGGGUGGCUGUUCCCCCCCUAGGAUCCCCAGGAGUGGGUGGGGAAGGGGCUUUUGACUUCUUCUUGGGACUGGCCCUGCUUUGGGGGGGACAUGGAGGGUCACCCACUCCCUCAGCCUCCCACGGGGUCUCCAAUCACAAUCUGUGUGCAGAAAAAAAACAAAACUAAAAAAAGGGCUUUUCCCUCUGCCUGCCCUCUCCAGCCCAGCCUGGAGGGCUCUGAGCAUCACUCCAACACCACACCUCCUUCUCCUCCUCCCCCUGGCACCCAUGGGUGCUGAAGGGACCACGUGACCCUUCCCUGUGGUGACACUGCUCCUUUAUCCCUGUCCCCCCAAACCAAGCCACGGGUCACACCGGAAUGGAAAUAUCUAAUAUAUAAACUAGAAAUUUGGUGUAUCUUCACUUGGUGAAUAAAGGUGACAUC